GCAGCGGGCGUGAUGCAGGCUCUCUGGGCUCUGUGGUUGUCUGCUUUUCCAGCUCUUCUAGGAGCUUCACCACUGUUUGUGGAGAAAGAAAGCACUGGCUCCAGAAUCUGUAAACCUGCCCCACAGUGGGAGAUCGAUGGCAAGGCUCCGAUGAAAGACCUUCUGGGAAAUGUAGUCGUUGUGGCUCUUCUUAAAGCGAGCUGACACUUCUGUCUCACGCAGGCUGCCAGGUUGGGAGACCUGCGUGACAAGCUGGUCCAUGGCAAGCUGACUAACAUAUCAUUCCUGGUCGUCAAUGAGCAGGAUGCACAGUCCAGAGCCAUGUACUGGGAGCUGAAGAGGAGGGCGGCACAGGGCAUCCCUGUGUACCAGCAGAGCCCACUGCAAAACAACGUCUGGGAGCUCUUGGAGGGAGACAAGGAUGAUUUCUUAGUGUAUGACAGAUGUGGAUAUCUCACCUUCCACAUUGUCCUGCCCUUCAGCUUUCUUCACUACCCUUAUAUAGAAGCGGCCAUCAGGGCUACAUACCACAAAAAUAUAUGCAACUGCUCACUAAAUGCCAACUUCUCAGAAGGCUCUGACAACCCCAAAAACAAUGCAGACGAGUCCACAGGAGAGAACAACCAGCAGGCUAACAAUACAGAACCUGUAGCUGUUGAGCAUCAUCAUCAUCAUCAUCAUCAACAUGAGCAUCAUCAUCAACAUGAACAUCCUCAUCACCAUCAUCAUUCAAAUAACAGAAACAGAACAGGUUAUUCAGAUGUGGCCAGCGUACCAAAAGAGCCAACCCAGCAUUCUCAUCAUGAACAUAGUCAUUAAAACAGAUUUUUUUUUGUUUUCCAAUAGCCUAAUUGUUGAAUUUUGAAUUUGAAUUUUUGAAGUUAUAAAAAAUGUUGUUUGUUUAUUGUUUGUAAAUAUACAGAGCUGCUCUUGUGUCAGACCUUUAUAUCAUUGACCUUAAAGGGGGAUUUUAGUUGAAUCUCAUUGUUCUUAAUGAAGUGUGCACUUUAAACCUGAGUCAGGGUUCUGCAUACAGAUGUUGAGCAAAGGAGUCAUUCACACUAUAUCUGUUUUCCUCCUUCCUUUUAAGGAAUAUCUGACAUUGCAGAACUAAAGAGUUUUCUUUGCUUAUUAUGUUAACUGCUUUGUAUUUGUUAAUAUAUUAGCUAUAAGAUAUGUAAUGGGAAUGUGUUUGAGUGGUGUAAGAAUAUAAAAUCUGUAUAAAAUUAGUUUGCAUCAGCAUAUA